GACGGACCACAGAGUCAUGCAUAACAUCUGACCUUACUUCAGCCAACUUAGCACAGGGAAUUCAGCAGAGCCCUGUGAAUUUCAGCACAUCCCUGGUGAAAAAACUGGUUAACUGGUCUCAUGGUCUUCCAUCCUGGUCAGGGUAGUUAGAUGAGUUUUGGUGUGGCAGCGAAAAAACAACUGAAUUAACAGCUUACACUUUGAACCCAUAGUUGGAAAAUCCAGUUUGUUUUGCUGGUCCUUUAAACUUGGCCAGACAGCUGGUUUACUGAUCCAAAGUUUUUAUUAGCUAGACACCUGCAAGUGUUUUACUACCUUUUAUAUUCUAUACAUUAGUAUUCUCCUGAAUGUAACCCUGUCCUUUAGCCUCCUGAACCCAAAAUACAUCAACCAGUUGUAGUACAAGAAACCCUCAGAAGCCUUUCCAGGUAAAGGAAACACUAGGUAAUCAGUUUUCAUUCCAGUGAUGAACAGAGCUCUGUAAACAAAGUGAAUGUAUGGUAAAUAGUGCGGUAAACAGUGAGGAGGGCUUUUAACCCCGCCCUGUGCUUUUACAAUGAAAUGGGAGGAGUGGAUUCAUCAUGGACAGAUCUGGAGAGUGGAGACAGGCAGGAUGUGAACUCGCUCUCACAGCUGGAGCUGAAAGAUAUGGAUUUCUUUGCCACGUCAUCCUUGUUUCUGUGACUCACUCUGCUAGUUUGUCAGGAUGGGCUAAAAACAAUUGCUAGCAGCUGAGUAGCGUACACCUGGAUCCUCCACAGUCUCACCUUUGCACAGGUGGUGAGGUUUGACAACAUGCAGGGACCUCGGAGGAAGGUGAAGGUCAUGUUGAUGAUGACAAUGGUGUUUAUCUUCAUAGUGGUGGAGGUCUCCCGCAACGUUGGGAAGGGUGACAGCAACAAAAAUAAGCUUUUGGUUCCCUCAAAGCGUUUUUGGGCAAAAGAUCUUCCCAGUAAUGCCUAUUGGAAUCGCCAACAACAACAACUGAAUUACGUCAACAACCCCAACCUAGAAAUUCUCAACUUCACAGCUGAUAAACUUCCAGACUGGCUCAAUGACACGGUCAGUCUGGACUCCUGUGACCCAGACUUCAGGGUGACCACCCAAAUCAAGGAUUUCAACUCCUUACCGGAUCGCUUCAAAGACUUCCUGCUUUAUAUGCGAUGUAGAUCCUAUCCCAUCGUCAUGGACCAGCCGAACAUAUGCGAAGACCAACCGUUCCUCCUCCUAGCUAUUAAAUCUUUAGUUCCACACUUUGAUCGACGUCAAGCUAUCCGCGAGUCAUGGGGCAAAGCUGGUCGCCUUGCAAACAGAACAGUCGUUACGGUUUUUCUUCUUGGAAACGCAGCCAUGGAAGACUACUUCCCUGAUCUCUCAAUGAUGCUCCACCAUGAGAGCUCAGUGCAUAGAGAUAUUCUUCAAUGGGACUUUAGGGAUACCUUCUUUAACCUCACCAUCAAGGAGGUUCUUUUCCUGGAAUGGCUGAGCACCCGCUGUCCUGGAGCCAGUUACGUCUUCAAGGGGGAUGAUGAUGUUUUUGUUAACACCAUCCGCAUUAUAGACUUCCUAAACAGUCUUUCUCAGGCCAAAGCCAAGGAACUGUUCGUAGGGGAUGUGAUUAACAAUGCUGGUCCACACAGGGACAAAAAGGUCAAGUAUUUUAUCCCGGAGAGCGUGUUUGUUGGAACUUACCCUGCGUAUGCAGGCGGGGGCGGUUAUUUGUUCUCGGGACAGCUGGCCCAGAAACUUCAUAACGUCUCGAGGUCGGUGCCCCUCUACCCCAUUGAUGAUGUCUACACAGGUAUGUGCCUUAGGAAACUGGGUCUCACACCUGAGAAGCACAAAGGCUUCAGGACUUUUGAUAUUGAGGAGAAAUAUCGCAAUAAUGCCUGUGCCUAUAAAAGCCUGAUGUUGGUCCAUCCCAGAAGUCCUCAACAUAUGAUCAAAAUCUGGGCGUGGCUGAAUGACCCAGCCUUGAACUGUCAUUGAACAACUGCUCUACAUUUUGGCUGCUUUAAAGGGACGGUUUCCCCAAAAAAUUACAAUUCUGUCCUCAUUUACUCACUUUCAUGACGUUCUAAACCUGUAAGAUUGACUUUCUUUCUUUGUAUGGACCAAAAAAAUACUAUGAUUAUAUUUCAGUGAAAUUCAGAAUAUCUUUUUGCGUUCUGCAGUAUAAAUAAAGUCAUACAGUUUUGAACGACAUGAGGGUGAGUAUAGAUGACAGAAUUGGAAUUUGGUGAAUUAUCACUUUAAUGUUUUACCAUUGUUCUAUUGUGAUUUAUUAUUAGUGUCUUUAUGUACUUAAUUUCAUGUCAAAUGUCAGGAGUAAUGAUGAGCUCUUUAGAUUUCAAAGCUAUCCGUUUCAGAAGUGGCUCCGAAUUGCUACCUUCAUAGUAUUGCAAUGGCUUGACUGUGUCAAAUUCUGAUAAUGUCACAAGUAUUUAUAAACUCCUCUAGUUGUGAGGUCACAGGUGCUGAGGAUUGUGGGAAAUGUAGUUCAGCUGGUCUGGACAUGGACACAAUACACCGCUCACCUGAGCAAAAAUAUCUGUCAUUUUAAGAUGCUGUUUUUACUGUCGUUUUUUUUUUUUUUUUUCUAUGGGAGAAAUGUUGUAUUAUGCUAAAGUGAACGGACAUAUUCAAACGAUCAUACAUUUCAACAAACACUUUUUUUUUUUUUUUUUUUUUUUUUUUAAAGCAUCUAUGCAGCCAUCAUAAUCUCACUGUCCAUACUUUCUGCUUUAGUUGUCUGUAAAGUAAACGAAAAUAUCGCCUUCCUGUUUUGCACACAAACAGCCUGAAAAUUGAAACGUGUGUAUGCGUGUUUAGGUUCAUGAAGAGUUUGCUUGUUUAGAGCCCUAGUUGUGGGUACAGCAGUUUAUGAUCCCAAAUGAAUGUAGGUUGCCUACUCAAACCUCAACAUGUGUGUUUUUGACUUCAUGCACUGCUGUCUCUCUUCCUUCUAGAGAUUCUAGAUAGAUAGGUUUCUUAUGCAGAAGCAGACAAUCAAUUGCAAGUCACAAUCUUAUUUUUGUAUAAACAAAUUAGGCGUACGAAAUCAUUCACUCUGCUGAAAAAGCAGACUGAAAUCCUGUUUGCCUCUCUGAUCUGAUUCUAACUGUUCUCAGGAUGUUCUCAGAGUUUUGAUCAAAAAACUGAUUUACAACCAUGAUGUUGUGGUGUAAAAAAAAAAAAACAAGAAUAUGAAAGUACAGAGUGAAUUUGAAAUCAAGGCAUCACAUAAUUUACCUUCUUGGCUAAAUGAAUGAAACUUUACAGCCAGUUUUCCAGGCCCAGAUUAAGCCUGUUGCCGCUGUUGUAUUUUUCCCUCUUAUAAAGAGGCCAGGAAACGGGUCUCAGCUGGAUGACUUAAUUACUGAAUUUGACAGGCUCCCAACUAUGUUACAGUGACCCCUGCUGGUCUGCUUAGGUUUUUGUUUUGUUUUUUUGGUAAUAAACACUGGACUUUUUUCUGUAACUUGCCUUUAUCAUUUUUGAUCUAUUUAAAUCAUUCAUAUGGCCUGCCAGUUAACUAGCAGUUCAUAUAUUUUUCUAUUUUGUUUUGGUUAGGGCUAUUCAUCAUCAACAGCCUCUUUUUAAAAAAGAGGCGUAGGCCUCGUAAUCAUCACAGACUUAAGGGUGUACUGACUGUGUCCGGUCGAUAAAUAUCUGUUUGUCUUCAGUCUGCCUUAUUGGUUGUUUGCUGAGGAGUUAAAUCAAGCAUGUGUCAUAUUUGUUAUGUUUAAUAUUAAGUUGUCCACCCAGCUAUGAGGAAUGAGCGCCAGAAGGAUGUGUGUUUAAUGUCGCCUCUCUGGCGAUAACAAGGCAAGCACACCGUUUAACAGCCUGAUGUUGUGUUUGGUGAGAGAAACAAAGUGUUUACAUAUGAUUAUGAACAGUAAAAAAGUUGUAUUUGCUAUUUUUAUUGGUCACAAUGGUAGAUUGUACAGUACAUGUUUUAUACACUGGUAUUUACCGUACUGUUGUGAGUUCAAACUCUACAGGUUGUUGUGAGAAUGAACUCCUGUUCUUGCAUUAUGCUGUUUGUGUACCAGAAGAUCUUUUGGUUUCUGUUGGUAAUGCAUUUAUGAGAAAUGGGUCUUUAUGUAAAUCAUAAGAUAUUUGAAUGUUAAUGUAAUAUGAUGUGUUGGGUUAAAUGUGGCUUUAGUUGUGUAUGUGUAUAUUUAUGUAGCUAUGUACAGUAUAUACAGGCUCAGGAGUAUGAUCAUGAUAAAAAAAAUUUAAAAAAUGAAACAUUUCUGUCUUUUAAACAAUUCUGUUUGUAUUUCGGAAUUGUUCACUAUUCAGUCACGUCUAUAUGGAAUUUCUGAAACUAUAAUGGCUUUCAGGUAUUUCACUUUUUCUUUUUUUUUUUCUUUUUCUUUUUUGAAUGGUCAAACUACUUUUUUGCCACAUUUUUAUGCUGAUUGCUUUCUAUUAUUAUUAUUAUUUGUUUGUAUAUCACAAUGCCUCUUACCAAAAACACAUUGUCAACCAAGCAAACAUUGCUACCAAAAUGUGCCUGUCAAUAAUUCUGAUCAAUUAUCUGUCUGGCAGUCUUUUGUAAUUGAAUAUGCACAUUUAUGUUCUUUUUGUCACGUCUAUGUCUGCCUUUUUUGAUUGAACUCUUAUAAUAAAUGUAAUAAACUGAUGUUUUGUA